GGUAUGGUCCGAUUAGUAAAAAUAUUAUGUUGAUGUGUCCAAAAGACAAUUAUUAAUAAUUAACUGAAUAAAAUCAUCGCAAUGAGAUAUUAUUGACCCUAGACCAUGGUUACUAGAUGUUUUUAACCUUUAAAUUAUUAUUAAUUUAAUUUAUAAUCACGUUCUUCACAACUGAUAAGAACAUAAAAUUAAAAAUUGUCAAAAUUGAUCUAUCACAAUUUUAAAUUUUAUAUUUUAAUGGUUUAUAGCUAAUCGGUAUUCUUGUUAUAAAUUAUAAUUUGAAUAACAAUUCACAAUUGCCAGUUAAUUUAAUAAUAUGGCUACACAUUAUUGUAGAAAAAUAUUUGGUAAAAAUCUUACUCACAACUUAAAAACUAGAAUUUGUCCAUCAUAUCUAUCAACAUUACCUAAAUCACAACUUGAUGUUGCAGAAGAUGAACAAUCAUUACCUGAUGAGUCCAAAUUUAAGUUGUCCAACCCGGAUGCUUUUGAUGUAAAAAGUAUGGUUAGAAUUAAAAGCCUAUUUGAAGCUGGCGUGCAUUUUGGUCAUACAGAAGGAACAUUAGAUAAUAGAAUGAAACAAUAUUUGUAUGGUAACAGAUUAGGACAUUUAAUUAUAGAUCUAAAUCAUACUAAAAGACUUCUCCAACAAGCCCUUAAUGUAACUGCACAUAUAUCAUACAGAGGUGGAGUAAUUUUGUUCUUGUGUCAAUCACCCCUCAAUUGUCUGACUGUUGAAAAUUGUGCAAAAGAAUGUGGUGAAUUUGCUCAUACAAGAUAUUGGCGCGAUGGUAUGUUUACAAACUCUUCAAGGAUUUUCAAAUCUGAAACCAGAUUGCCUGAUCUGUGCAUAGUAUUAAAUACAUUGAGCAGUACAUCUAAAAACAAUAGUGGACAACAUAGUGUUCUCUCUGAUGCUGCAAAAAUGUUAAUACCAACUAUUGCUAUUGUUGAUACAGAUGCUAAUCCUAAUAUUGUGACAUACCCGAUACCAGGCAAUGAUGAUACACCAAGUGCUAUAAAUCUUUAUUGUGAUUUAUUUAAAAAUGUUAUUCUUAGGGCUAAAAAAGUUAGAAAAGAAAUUUUAGAUAAAAAUAAAAUAUCAGUGUAACAUAAAAAUGUAUUUGUAUUUAAAGUUGUUGAAAAAAAAAUAAUAUAAUGAAUAAAUAUUAGUUUAAGUAA